AUGAGCGCAUUGGACAAGGUGAAGGCCGUUUUCGGAUUACAGGCGGUAUACGGAUUUUCGCGCAUCCUCUCGGAGUUCGAGGCUAUUGUGAAAUCACCUGGUGAACCUGUCCGUGCAGCGUCCGUGAAGGCUUUGAAGCCUUUGCACGAUAAGAUUCUGAGGCAUGCCCAAGACAUCGCCAUUGACACGCGGUACAACGAAGCAGUCGGAACCCGCAGCCACGGUGGGGCAGGGGAGGUUGCACAUAGGCGAGCGGGAGUUCUGGGUGCCGGCGCGGAAGCUGGCAGAGGCGAGGGCGAGGGCGCGACAAACGGCGGGGGCGCGAAAAAGGGCGAGGGCGCGAAGAAUGGCGAGGGCGCGAAAAAGGGUGAGGUCGUAAACAUGGGCGAGGGCGCGAACAAGGGCGAGGACAAUGGCCAGGCCGAGGGGGAGGAGGAGGGCAAGAAUAAUGGCGCGGCCAAGGGCGUGGGCGAGGACGAAGGUGAGGGCGAGGGCGAGGGCGAAGGCGAGGGCGAAGGCGAGGGCGAGGGCGAAGGUGAGGGCGAGGGCUGGUAUGGGGAGGAGGGCGAAAACGAGGCCGAAUACGAGGAGGAUGACGAAAAGGAGUGGGAGGGCGGGGAGGGUGGGUACGAGGAGGGCCACGGUGGUGGGUAUGGGGAGGGUGAGGGCGGUGGGGAGGGUGAGGGCGAGGGGGAGAGCGGAGGCGAGGGCAAAGAGGAGGCCGAGGGAGCUGAUCGUGAUGAACGGCACAAGAUUGCGGUAGGCAGCACGAAAAUUGGAGCACCGGUUGACGAUGCUCAUCAAGCUCCGCAGUUUCGCGCCGUUGGGAAACGCGGAUUCGUGGGACAGACACGGCUUGCGCGCCGGUCAGAGCGUUCGAUCGCGCAAAGGCGGACCGUGGACGAGUUGUCAUCGUGGCCUGCUCUGUCGCAUGAGGUCGUCCGACUGGACUCUGCGCUCGAGAAUUCGAGGAUGGACCUGGCUGAUGCGCGACACGACAACUUCGUGCAGCGCAAGAAAAUCCGCGAACUACUGACGAGGAUGGGGGAGCAUCGCGCCGCGUUGUCUCGAGUGACCGACACGUAUGCCAGUGCUCUUAGGAGGUUGGAGGACAUGGAGAGACGUGCUGGGAAGGAUCUCGCGGAUGCUGUGCACACGUGCAUCCGCGACAGCGCAGCGGGAGUCGUCGGAGCGUGCCAUAGCGAAGUUGGCGGAGGCGGCUUCUGCCUUCAUGUCGAUGGUUUCGCAACGCGGCCUUUUUUCGUCGGGGCCAACGGGGAUGGAGUUCUUCGCAAAGGAAAGCAUUACGCGAAAUCGAAGGUUCCAGAGGGUGCUCUUGCCGGUUCCGUGGCGUAUACGGUCACGUUCUUGUGGCUAGUCUCCAAGGGACGUGAUCGCGGCUUCGCUGACACGGAAGCGAAACGCGCUGCAGAGAAGGCUGGAGCACCGGGCCUGAGCGUGGAGCUAAUCUUGGCCGCGUGGCUGAACAUUAUCGUGGCUCUGAAGACAAGCGACGAUGCGGACGAUGUGGAGAAGCAGGUGGUGGCCGCUUUCAAGGGUGCGAAGAACAAGAGUUUGGAACCCCUCGUGCACGAGAUGGUGGAUGUACUGAGCACAUGGUGUUACGAUCCCGAGGCAGCAGCGAAGUUGAGGGGUGUCGGCCUGUUUUUGGAGUGCAGCAAUGAUCGCGCCAAAGCAAGGAACCAGCCCAGCUCGCGUUCGCGUGCGAAGAAGCCAUCCCAGCCAUCCCCGCCAUCCCCAGAACCUGGGAAGGAGAACGUUGAAGAGAUUUCUGAUGAUGACGAGUAA